AUGAAGCGAGUGGGGUUGCUUCUGGCACUCCAGUUCUUCCUCGUCCAGGCUCGCAAGGCCUCGUCUCUGCCAGAUGAGCACGAGGUGACGCUGACAGGGGUGGGCGACUCGUCGCCAUCGAAGCCCCCUGCGACGAAGCAUCGGCCCACGGCGCUGACCCAGGCGGAAGUGAAGGCCUUGCUGGCGAAGCGCCAGCAUGAGAAGCGCGAGUUCGUCUGCUUCACGGGCCCGGGUCGGGCCUGCCGCCUUUGCAGGGACAUGCAGGAUGCGAUUCGUGCUGGCAUCUCAGUGCUGUGA